AAUCGAGUGUAUGCUUUACUUACCUGCCUUUGCGAGAGCGAGAGUAGCCAAAUCUCGCCAAAACAUGAAUGAACUGAACGCUUUGGUUCUUUAGAUUAAGGGCGCAUCCGGCCAUAUAUAAUAAUUAUGACUUAUUUUGAACAGCCUGUCAGAUUGUAGUGAGCUAUAGGCAUGCACAACUGGCCGAUGAAUGACACCCCGGCACUACCCCUUGGGAAUGUCUUCAGUUCUUCAGACUUAUAGGGAAUGUAAAUCGCCUCCUGCCUUUUUUUUAUUAUCCUGUUGAAAGUACAGUGUUGUCUCGCGGAUGAGGCAUGCCCCCCUGCAGUCUCCGCCAAACAGACUGUUACAGAGCGUUGACUUCUCAUUGUGCUGCGCUUUCAGCUCCACUCUGUCAGAAGUGGCCGUUCGGAUUAAAUCUUAUUAUGAUUCUACUUCAUGGAAACACCACCUUGGUUUGGAGCGCUUUUUGUCUGUACAUGCGAGAUAUGAAGAAGUUCACGAUGAAAAACAGAAGCUGGUUUUAAAACGAAAACGUGAGGUCUGGAGUUAAAUACUAGCACUGGGGAUUUUGCUGUGAUGGUUGUUGUUCUAUCUGUUUCAUGGAAAUGAUGUGCAGAGACGACUGUUUUCAUGGCAGAUCUUGAAGUUUUUAAACAUUUGAGCCCGGAGAAAGUUGAAAGAUGUAUGAGUGUUAUGCAGUCUGGAACCCAAAUGGUCAAACUGAAGAAUGGAUCUAAGGGUUUGGUCCGCCUGUUUUAUUUGGAUGAACAUCGAACUUGCAUCCGAUGGAGGCCAUCUAGAAAAAGCGAGAAAGCCAAAAUUAUUAUUGAUUCCCUCUACAAGGUCACAGAAGGACAACGAUCUGAAAUUUUCCAUCGCCAUGCUGAUGGUAACUUUGACCCCAGCUGCUGUUUUACUAUCUACCAUGGCAAUCACAUGGAGUCCCUUGAUUUAGUGACGACCAACCCAGAGGAGGCUCGUACAUGGAUAACUGGCCUCAAGUACUUGAUGGCUGGGAUAAGUGAUGAAGAUUCAUUGGCGAAAAGACAGAGGACACACGAUCAAUGGAUGAAACAAACAUUCGAGGAAGCUGACAAGAAUGGUGAUGGUCUAUUGAAUAUUGAAGAGAUCUACCAAUUACUGCACAAGAUGAAUGUUAAUCUUCCACGGAGAAAAGUCAAACAAAUGUUUCAGGCGGCUGAUACAGAUGAGCAGCAGGGAACUUUGACCUUUGAAGAGUUCUCGGUAUUUUACAAGAUGAUGUCGCUCAGAAGAGACCUUUUCUUAUUGCUCAUGUGCUUUAGUGACAAGAAAGAUCAUCUUACUGCCGAUGACCUUGCUCACUUCCUCAAGACUGAACAGAAGAUGGUCAGUGUUACGCCAGAGUACUGCCUGGAUAUUAUUAAUAAGUUUGAGGUUUGCGAGGAAAACAAAGCGAUGAAAGUGCUGAGCGUGGAAGGCUUUACAAAUUUCAUGCGCAGCCCUGACUGUGACGUCUUCAAUCCUCUGCACUAUGAAAUAAACCAGGACAUGGACCAGCCACUGUGUAACUACUUUAUUGCUUCUUCUCAUAACACAUAUCUGACGGGCGACCAGCUGCUGUCAAACUCCAAGACUGAUAUGUAUGCAUGGGUUCUUCAGGCAGGCUGCCGAUGUGUGGAAGUUGACUGCUGGGAUGGGCCAGACAAUGAGCCUGUGGUUCAGCAUGGAUACACACUCACUUCCAAGAUACUUUUUAAAGAUGUGAUUGAAACCAUUAACAAAUAUGCCUUUGUCAAAAAUGAGUACCCUGUGAUACUUUCAAUCGAGAACCACUGCAGCAUUCCACAGCAGAAAAAGAUAGCACAGUACCUGAAAGAAAUUCUAGGGGAAAAGCUGGAUCUGGAAGGCAUACUCGCCCGGGACUCCAAACAACUUCCAAGUCCCAACAGUUUAAAAGGCAAAAUUCUUAUCAAGGGGAAGAGGCUGCCUUCAUAUCUCGCUGCCGAUGCAGAAGAAGGAGAGGUUUCAGAUGAUGACAGUGCAGAUGAAAUAGAAGAUGACUUCAAAUUAAAACACUGCUCUAGCAAUGAUGCAAACACACAUCAGGUGGAAUCAUUUAUAAGGAAGAAGCUGGACUCCUUACUGAAAGAAUCACAAAUUGGCGAUAAAGAGGAUUCUGACAGUUUCACCAUAAGGGCUCUCCUGAAAGCAACACAUGAAGGCCUAAAUUUGAAUCUUAAAAAGAAUUCACACCUCAAAGAAACCGGGAAGAAAUCUCACAGUCGCUCCCUAAUUAGCAGCUUCUCCAAACAUAAGAAAAAUGGAAAAUCCAGAUCCAAGUCUCAGAGUACAGAAGGAGAAGAGGCAGCGCCACAUGAUGUCACAGGGAAAGAAUCAUCAGCACUUCACAGGACAGGCUGGCGUAGGAAGACAAUAAAAUUAAGUAGAGAUCUGUCGGAAUUGGUUGUUUUUACAAAUUCUGUUGCAUCUCAAGAUAUUCUAGAGGAAGGCAAUCCAGGGAAUGUGUUAUCCUUCAGUGAAACUCGGGCUCACCAGCUUGUGCACCACAAACCUGAGCAAUUUAUUUUGUUCAACCAAAAACAGCUCACAAGAAUCUACCCAUCCGCGUACAGAAUAGACUCCAGCAACUUCAAUCCCCAGACAUACUGGAACAUCGGCUGUCAGCUGGUGGCAUUAAACUACCAAACUGAGGGACGUAUGAUGCAGUUAAACAGAGCCAAGUUUAUGGUAAAUGGAAAUUCUGGCUAUGUUCUAAAGCCUCCACCCAUGUGUAAAGGAGCUUUCAAUCCCUUUUCAGAUGAUCCGCUUCCAGCUUACCCUAAAAAACAGCUGGUUCUGAAGAUCAUAAGUGGACAGCAGUUACCCAAACCACCAGAUUCUAUGCUAGGGGACAGAGGAGAGAUAAUUGAUCCUUUUGUUGAAGUGGAAAUCAUUGGGUUGCCAGUUGACUGUUGCAAGGAGCAGACCAGAGUUGUUGAUGAUAAUGGAUUUAACCCUGUUUGGGAAGAAACCUUAACCUUCACCUUACACUUACCUGAGCUUGCAUUGGUCCGCUUUCUCGUCUGGGAUCAUGAUCCUAUCGGCCGCGAUUUUGUAGGGCAACGAACCGUUGCAUUCACCAGCUUAAUGCCAGGCUAUCGCCAUGUGUAUUUGGAAGGGUUGACAGAAGCAUCAAUAUUUAUUCAUGUUAUGAUCAAUGACAUUUAUGGGAAGUGGAGCCCAUUAGUCCUCAAUCCAAGUUAUACUAUAAUGCACCUUCUUGGAGCUUCAAAGGGCAGACAACUAAGAGGACUUAAAGGUCUUUUCAACAAGAGCCCAAAGAAUUAUUCAGUAGACACCAGCUCAGGCUUUUACGUUCGUAAACGGUCAAUUGGUGAUCAUCUCCUUCGGCGUACAGCUAGUGCUCCAGCAAAGGGUAGAAAAAAGACUAAAAUGGGCUUUGCUGAGAAUUCAAAUGAAAAAAAAGAAAGUGAAAUGGAAGGGCAGUGUACUGAGUCAACAGGAAGACGCAAAACCAGGAACAUGCUAGUUCGUCCAGCUUCGAUGCCUGCUGACAAGCUUCUCGAGCUGUCAUCUUCUGACUAUGUGGAACCUUUUAUUGAAAAAGACACAUUUUCUGGAAGUCAGUCGGCUGCCAUUUCAAGUAAUAUAUGCCAAGGAGAACGGAUGAGGUCUGCUUCUGUUGAUCUCUUAAUUGAAACUUCCUCAAAACACUUUAAAGAAGAGCAAGACUUGAAUAAAUGCUAUGGAGAUGUAGCUCAAAAGUCACCAACACACCCAGUCUUUGAAAAUGACCAACCUUCAUACCUUGAAAUGGAAAGAGUUGCCGAGAAGCAACAUGCUAUAACCUCACAGCAAAACAAAACACAGGGAAUCGAUGGUUUUCCUUCAGAACAUGUGGUUGCCAGUGUUUAUUCUGUCAAUGAACAUCAGACCACCAAAUGCUUAGAAUAUGUAACUGAAAAAAGCACACCCUUCCUUUGUCCAUCUACGUUUAUUGGUAAGCCACUGUCUUCCAUUUCUGAAUCUGAUGUGCCCCCAACUAUAUACCAGGAAGAAUCAGAAUAUCUUACAUCCUCAAGCACAAUUCAUGACAGUGUGAUAUCCCGACUUAUAGAUGCCGUUUCUUCAGACAAUGAAACUGAUGUAGGAAAUUCUAUCUCUGCACUAAUUGAUCAGCUUGACACCACAGAUGACAAGACAGUCUUUACUGCUGCGUCUGUUACACAUGAAAUGAAUAAAUAUGGCAGGAGAUUUUCUUCAGAUACUUCCAACCUGAAGAUGAACUCACUCCAAAAACAUUCUUCAGCUAAAAGACAAACAGCAAACUCUUUCACAAGCCACCUAGCUAACACUGAAUUGUUUUCAACACCAGAAACAUCUGAGCUGUCUCUUUACACAAUUCUCAAUGAAGAGGUUAUUUCACCUGUUUACAACCGCCGAGACAUUGUGAGAAGAUGUAUGGAAAAGAAUUCUGAGGAUAACACUCCUGUGGGAAGCUCUUAUGCUUCCCCAGUAAAGUUAUUAAGUUCAGAAUCAUAUAAAAUGUGUGAUAAAAUUAUGGGUCCACAAGAAAUAUACAGCUCAGAUAGUAAUAUUACUUUGUCCAAUUUCCUUAUGUCUCCUGACUCUUUUGAUAGCAGUUUAAUGGAGAUUGAGGUUAAUGUUGAUGAUGACAGUGGUGAUCAUCUUAGCAGCCUAUCCUCAAAAUUAUUGGAGGACCUUACAUUUUUCCCCAAAGAGAUGCAAAGUAAUACCAUAAAGCACAAUUGUCUUCAGCCUCAGCCUGAAAGAAAUGCCACAUAUAAUCUUAGACAGCAGUCACUAAAAAAUGCCAGGACUUGGAAUUCUAACAGUUGUUAUAAGGAAUAUCAGUCCCAUGUGGAUAACAGAGCACAGCCAAGCAACUCACAUGGAGACAGCUAUGAGAAAUCUGCCAUUUCUGGAACUCUGAAUGCAUCUCAGUGUAGGUAUAGUAGCUGUCCCUCCCCUGAAAACAUCAUAUCUCAAAAGAAUGUUUUAAGUCAUUGCAGGUACCAGUCAUCUACAAAUAAGACAAAUUGCAACAGUGGCUUAUAUUAUGACUACCACAAGGCUGCAAACAAAGAUGACUUCAGAAACAGUCCCGUCUUUAACAGUGGUCACCAGGAGUCCACAGUUAUCAAACCAUCAAAUAUUUCAAACUUAUCUCAUUGCCAAGGUUAUAAUGCAUGCAAUCAAAAUAGUGAGACCUUGAGCAGUCCUCAGUUUCUUAAAUGUACUGCUCCAAAUACACGCCAUAAAGGGCUUGACUUUUCAAAGACCAAGACUGAUCUUUUGCAUGCCCAGCUUGAUCCAUUGGGUUCACCUUCUAACAGUUUUAGGCGUUCAAGUCCAUGCAAAUCCAAGAGCCUUGGAGAUCUAACAUCAGAGGACAUAUCAUGUAACUUUGAGAGCAAAUACAAGUAUAUCAGUAAGAGUUUUGUCACUCCUUCUAUGGGUGACAGAAGGAAAAUUAACACUCUCUCUGACAAGACACCAUCGGUUGAUCCUUUCACAGAGCAGCUACGUAAACUUGUUUCCUUUGAACAUGAAGAUUCCUGUUUGGCUCCAACAAAUAACUGGAGCAAGGAUGAAGAAGACUUGCCUAGCAUCCUGUCUCGAAAACUGUCUUCCAGAAGCCAAAGUAGAGUGCGCCACAUUGCCAGCCGAUCAAGAGAAAAACAAGAAGCCAAUAAGCAAAAACUUCUGUGCAACUAUGACAAUAGUGGAGUAGUUUUGCGGAAUAAACCCCUGUCUCAGCAUCUUGCAGUGAACAGGCAUUCCACUGGCUCUUACAUUGCUGGAUACCUUAAUCACAUUAAUGGGACAGAACUAGAGGAUCGAGGCCUGCCUGAAGGAGCUUGCACAUCAUUGAACAAUGGCUGUAGGGAUUCAUUUUAUACUGAUGUCUCAGUGUUGCAAAAGAAUUGUGAACCCCCAUCUGAGCCUGAAAUUUACUUUCUGCUCAGACUGUAAAUGAAGUAUAUAUUGUACAUACAAAAUUACAGGACAUUCACAUAGAUAUAUUUUACAUUUUUCUUUUAUCAACAGUUUACUACUUACAGUACACAGAUUCUUUUCAAGAUGUUGAUUUUCAUAGAAAUCUUAGUCUUCCUUAUAAUUAUGGUGUUUAGUGAUAUUGUACUGUAAAUAGCUGGCUUGCUUUAAGAUUCUAAUUUAUACAAAGAUAUGUGACAACUUAGCUAGGGGAAUAAUGCAUGUAGCGUUCAAUUAUGACAAUACCUGUACAUGUAAUGCAUGACUAUGCACCUUUUUAAAACAUUUCGUUCUGUACAAAAGAGUCACUGCAGUAUUGCAUUGGAUGCAAUAAAGGUUUGCUCUCAGUUUCUAAAAAACAACUCUUGACUAAGUCAGUCCUUAAGUAUUAUGAUUUUAAACUGUGGCUUUAUUCUUUUUUCACUACUUGCAAGGUAUUCUGUGAAACAGUAACAACUGGGGCAAGACAAACCUUGAAUUUGAAAUUGAUUUUGAUUCAGUGUGUUUUGAAAUCUAGAAUUUUGGGCCAUCUUUCUGUCCAUUUCAGUCCAUUGUUUUUAACCCUGCAGUGAGAAUACAUCUAACAUACUGUA